AUGACCGACACAAUGUGGGACUCACUAUCAUAUUUAUCAGGCUUUGGUAACACCUUUUGCUCUGAAGCCCUACCUGAUGCACUUCCGAAGGGGCAAAACAAUCCGCAAAAGUGUCCAUACGGUUUAUACGCCGAACAGCUCUCUGGAACGGCAUUUACAUUGUCACGAUCGAGUAAUCAACGCAGUUGGUUCUACCGGAUUUUACCUUCUGUAGUACAUGAAAAGUAUCAAAAAGUCGAAUCUCCAUUCAUUAAAGCAGAUUUUACACGGGAAAACUUAACACCAGAGCAAAUACGAUGGAAACCCAUGCCAUUUCCAAUUAAGUCGGAAAAAGUGGACUUUAUUGACGGACUUUAUACAAUUGGUGGUGCUGGAGAUCCAACAAUGAAAGCAGGAAUGGCGAUUCAUAUGUAUACAGCCAAUAAAUCCAUGAAAGACAAAUGCUUUUACAACUCGGAUGGAGACUUUUUGAUUGUUCCACAAGUUGGUGUGCUUAAAAUUACGACCGAGUUUGGACGACUCAAGGUCUUACCGCACGAGAUCUGCGUGAUACAGCGCGGAAUUCGCUUUUCGGUUGAACUAGACGAACCUUCUCGCGGCUACAUCUUAGAGGUUUACAAUCGUCACUUUAUUCUACCUGAUCUUGGUUCAAUUGGUGCCAAUGGACUCGCCAAUCCGCGGGACUUUGAGCACCCAAGCGCUGCCUACGAGGACCGUGACUGUGAGUACUUGGUAAUCAACAAGUUUGGUGGCCAAAUGUUUUCAGCUUGUAUGGCGUUUUCGCCGUUUAAUGUUGUCGCCUGGCAUGGGAAUUAUGUUCCGUACAAGUACAACCUGGACAAAUUCUGCACGAUGAACUCGGUCAACUAUGACCACCCGGAUCCCUCCAUUUACUGUGUGCUUACAUGCCAAACAGAAGAAGCAGGCAAUGCAGUUGCAGAUUUCGUCAUUUUCCCGCCGAGAUGGAUGGUUCAAGAACACACGUUUCGUCCACCUUAUUUCCACCGCAACUGCAUGAGCGAAUACAUGGGCAUGAUUGACGGCACAUACGACGCCAAGAUAGGAGGUAAAGAUGGUUUUGCUCCGGGUGGUGCUUCUCUUCAUAGCGUCGCUACACCACACGGGCCAGAUGCAACUACUUUCCUCUCUGCUAUUAACGCACAGCUCAAACCUGAGAAGACUGAUGCUGGUCUCGCAUUUAUGUUUGAGACGACGUACCUAGUCAAGCUAACGGACUACGCACUUCACUGCGACCACAAUGACGGUGACUACUGGAAGUGUUGGCAGCAGAUGCCAAAGCUCUUUAAUCCUAAAGAGGCUUAG